CGCCGCGCCGGGGCCGUCCCGCCGCCCUACCCCAACGGCUGGUACCGCGUGCUCGACUCCCCGCAGCUGCCCCGCGGCGCCGUGCGCGGCAUCGCGCUGCUCGGAGAACAGCUGGCUGCAUUCCGCACCCAGGAUGGACGGGCCUACGUGGUGGACGCUUACUGCCCUCACCUUGGGGCUAACCUUGCCAUGGGUGGUCGUGUCACCGGCAACUGCAUCGAAUGCCCGUUUCACGGGUGGCAGUUUCGAGGCGAGGAUGGAAAAUGCACCAGCAUCCCGUACGCUGAGAAAGUGCCGGAUUUUGCGAAGCUUCGGACCUGGCCCUCCUGCGAAGUGAACGGGAUGCUGCUGCUCUGGUACCACCGCGACGGGCUCGGCCCCACGUGGGCCGUCCCCGAGCAGCGCGAGAUCGCCACGAAGGAGUGGGUGUUUCGGGGGCAAACGGAGCAUUUCAUCGAAGCGCACAUCCAGGAAAUCCCAGAGAACGCAGCUGACACGGCUCAUCUCACUUUUCUCCAUGGACCGGCUAUUCUGAGUGGAACUGAUUUGAGAUACACAAGGUCCAAGCUGUGGGAUUUUAUGAAGCAUAUCUGGAAGGCAGAGUGGCAGCCAGAGCCGGAGCCCAACAAGCACUGCUCCCAGUUGCUGCUUAAACACCAUGCCACUGUGUUUGGGAGACACUUCUCCUUGCUGGAUUUGACUGUUUCAGCCAGGCAGGUGGGACCAGGACUGGUUUUCCUGAUCUUUGAGCAUGCUUUCCUGGGCCAAGGGAUCAUUCUGCAGACCGUGACGCCCUUGGAGCCUCUCCUGCAGAAUGUUGUCCACAAAAUCUACUACCAGAAGAACAUGCCAGCCAUAAUCCCCAAGUUCAUUCUGAAAGCGGAGUGCAUACAGUUUGAACGUGACGUAACCAUCUGGAACAACAAGCAGUAUCUCCCCAAGCCCCUCCUUGUUAAAGAAGACUCCACCAUCCAAAAGCACAGACGUUGGUAUGCUCAGUUCUACAGUGAGAGAAGCCAGAAGUUCACGGCGCCUGAGGCCCUGGACUGGUGAGGCCCUCGCUCCCUUCUGCUGAAGGUGGCCAAAAGCCAUCAGAUGCCUCCUGCCCAUUCGAGCUGGAGAACUGCAGGGUUGUGCAGACUUGAGUGAUGCGGUGAAUUCAGGCCCAGGGAGGUGAGUCUGAGCCCUGGAGCUCUCCUCCACGCUCAGAUCGUCAAAGGGUGUUAACACGCUCUUAUAUCUGCACUGUAAUAUGUGGAGAGAAGGUGGACAGGCCUCCCUCUAACAUUGUCUUGUCUCUCACUGCUGCCAUCCCUUCAAACCUUGCAUGAAAUCCCUUUCAGGUGGCCUUCUCUUACCCUAAGUUUCUCUUCCCAGCAAGGGCUGUUGUUGCUUCUGCACCAGUAUCUUGACUGGUGCAGAGCUCAGCUCUGGAGAAGCCUGAGGCCUACAGAGCAGUCAGUGUGACUGUAAGACCUGUUGUCGUCUUUCCUUCUGGCAGCAGUCAGGGUAACCUGGGAUUUGGCUGGUGACCCUGCAGGGAACACUUGCCCUUCCAUAUCCAUGGGCUUCCUAGCUCAUCCUGAGCUCUGCAUGAAGGAUUCCUCAUGCAACUAUUGCAUCUCUAUUGCACCUGCCAGGAAGGAAAGAGACUUUCUUGAUGAUAAAACAAGAUCAAGCCACUUAGAGAACAGUUCUGCAGGUUGUGGAUGUGAAUUAGAUCCUGCUUUGAAACACCAUGGAU